AUGCCAGUCGUCUCCAACUCGCCAACAUGGUUAACGCCACUCGUCUACUAUCAGAUAGAUUCCUACUUAUUUGCACUUUGUUUGGGAGAUGAGUACGUUCUCGAGGUCGAGUUCAUCUGGAAGCGCAAGGUGUCAUGGUUGACCUUGGCUUAUACGUUCCUUCGUUAUGCUGGUGUGAUAGCUACUGUUACUUUGCAUAUUCACCUUUCCGAUAAAAGGUUGGUAGAUCGUUACAAUCUUCCUUUGUUAACGCUGGGCGUCUCGCGUUCUCAAUUCGUUUUCUUAGCUUUUUUGGCAAACGGACUCACGUGUGCUGGCGUAAUGACUGCACGUGUCUGCGCGCUCUUUGACAACAGCAAGAAGAUUGCCAUUCCUCUAGCAACCUUUUACGCUCUUGUGCAGUUGUUGAAUAUUGCGCUCGCAAUUAUCAAUUUCAUCCCGCCUUAUGGUUGGACAGAAACCGAAGGAAUAUUUUUCGGUAUCCACACGUGCAUAGGCUUUGUACCCAAGUCGCCUCUUGGAUGGUCACUACCAGCGAUGACAGGCGCCUACAUAACCUACGAGCUAGUGUUGCUGGUGAUGGCGAUAUACCGCUCGGUGGAAUAUCUAAAAUCAUAUAGCCAUACGGGUUCAUGGCUGAGUGGCGUCGUCAGCAUCCUUCUGCGACAUAAUAUCUUGUACUUCCUCUUACUGGUUGUAUACCAGAUACUAACUCCGAUCGCUAAUGAUGAUACACACUUGGUAGGUGGUCUCAACGGAAAUUUAAGACCUGCGCUCACUUUAAUGGAGACUAUUGGAGAGGAGGUCGCUAUAGGAAACCUUGGACUCGCCCUCCAGACCCUGCUUCCUUGCAUCGGCGGCCCAUGGAUCAUAUUAGAAUUGCGAAAGAACCAUGUGAUGCAUCUGAAUGGGGGUUAUGGUAUGACACAGGAGAGCAUGACCUCCAUUGCAUUCGAACGAGACGCAGUCUGGGCUAGCAACAACGAGGUGGGAGGUAGUCAAGUUUACGUGGACCUACAAGUAUUUGAUAAUCCAGCCUAA